AUGGGUUCUAACAACGGUAAGCGGCCUCAAAUUCCAUCAACAACAGAAACUUUAAGACGAAAACGUUUUGAUCGUCUGCGAACAACUAUGCGAAGUAUGACAUUGAGAUCUCUCGUUAAAAGUAAUUCACAAUAUUAUUCCGCAUCAGAAUCAACCGGAAAUUGUUCACUAGUUUCACCAACUAUUACAUCAAGUAUGCGGGAACAACAAACAACAGAUGAAAUAUAUCUGAGUGAUUUUGAUUAUAAAAAGUUAUCAACAUUAACCGGUUUACAAGAGUCAAAAAUUGAUGAAUUACAUCGUGAAUUUUUAAUUUUAUCACAAGGUGGGCGUAUUAAUUAUCAUCGAUUUCGUGCCAUGUUAGAAUCGAUACCGUUUAAUCGUACACAAAAUGAAUUAGAAAAAUUAGCCAGGCAAACAUUUUUGAUAUUCGAUAAAGAUGGAAACAAUUAUUUGGAUUUUGCUGAGUUUAUAGCUGCGUAUAUAACGAUGGAAAAAAAUAAUAACAUCGGUAUCGGAAAAGAGAACGUAAAUCAACCUCAAACGCAUCAAAACAAAACAGAACAGUGGAUUAAUAGAACUCCAGUAGUAUCGACAGAAUUGAGUCAUACAUCAUAUCAGCCUACAAGAGCACUCAUUUCGAAUCCAUAUCGUCGAGAUCCAGAAACAAAACUUAAUAAUACUCUUCUUACGAAUCAUUACGUACCAUUUCGGCCUAUCGUUUGGAAUCCACUACCGAUUACUCAACAACCACAAUACGUGUAUAGAUAA